AUGGAAAACAUCUCCUCUUCCCACAUUCUUACUAUCACAGCGCUGAAUGACUGGGACUGGACCAGCAGGAUCUUAUUUUUUUCUUUUGCACUUCCUGGAUACCUUCUAACUAUUGUUAUGAAUGCAACUUUGAUUCUGAUUAUUGCUUUUGAGAAAGCUCUGCAUGAGCCCAUGUACAUUUUCUUGUGUAAUCUGUGUGUCAAUGACUUGUGUGGAACUACUGGGUUUUACCCCAAGGCACUAGUGUAUUUACUCACAGAAACAAACAGGAUUUCACUUGAAGAAUGUAUUGUUCAAGGUCUAGUCAUUGUCAUCUAUGCAGUUGGUGAAUUCUCAAAUUUAAGUGUCAUGGCCAUUGAUAGGUAUUUAGCCAUAUGUCGACCAUUACAUUAUCAUAGAAUUAUGUCACCUUUCACUGUGCUGUGCCUGGUGUCUUUUAAUUGGGUGUUUCCUUUUAUUGCAAGUUUAGUGGCCAUUGUAGUAGCUAUGAAAAACCCUAUUUGCAAAUAUGAUAUAGAUAAACUUUUCUGUGAAAACCUGUCCUUGGUAAAUCUUGGAUGCAAACUAGAUAUUUCCUAUGGGAUUUUUAAUGGAUGGAUGUAUGGCUCAGUAAUCAUCUUAAUUGGCUUCGUUCUGAUUUCCUAUUUUAAAAUAAUUCUCGCUUGUAGAAAAUCUAAAGUAAGUCGAGAGAAGUUCUACAGCACAUGUAUACCACACUUGAUUAUCUUCCUAAACUACAUAGGCUGUUCUUUUUUCGACUCUUCCCAGACAGAAUUAAGAGCAAAAUCACUAUAUGUCUCUCAUUUUGUACAUAUGUUUUUGUCUGUAAUAUUUCUGACUCUUCCCCCUAUUGUGAAUCCUGUAAUAUACGGUAUAAAAUUAAGUCCAAUUAGAGCAAAAAUAUUGUAUAUUUUCCAUCAUUUAAGGAUCAGUACUUUGUAG